AGAAACAGGCCAUCAAUGGCAACUGCUACAAAUACGCUUAUGUUCAUCAACCACUUACACCUAAUAAUCAAUCAUCAUGUGUUUCAAACCACGCUGCGGCUUCUGCUACAUCUUCCUCACACUUUACACCCUUAUGUUCAUGUUCAUGUUUUCCUUUUUCCUCUUCUGGAUAAUCAUAUCUCCUUCAAGUGUCAAGUUCCACGUAACCGAUGCCUCUCUAACACAGUUCAACCUCACCACAAGCAACAACACCUUGUAUUACAACUUCAAGGUCAAUGUCACAGUGAGAAAUCCCAACAACAACAUCAUAGUGUACUAUAGGAAGAUCACAGCAAUAGCUUGGUACAAAGAUAAUGCUUUUGGUUGGGUGAGCUUAACACCCUUUGACCAAGGCCACAAGAACACCACCUUCCUUCAAGCAGUGUUUGUAGGGCAGAGGGUGAUUAAGCUCAAAGCUAAACAACUUGGUGAGUAUAAAGAGGAGACAAAUGCUGGGAUUCACAAGGACUUAGCUGUGGAUUUUGAUCUUAAUAUCAGAGCCAAGUAUGCAAGGUUCAAGAGUUCUCGUUUCAAUCCACCCAUUGUUCAGUGUCGUCGCUUAAGAGUUCCUUUGAUUUCUAAUGGCAAAUCAGCAUCUCCUUUUUCUGUCACCAGAUGCAGCAGUGCCUAUUUCUUUUCUGAUCGUGAUGCUGAUGCAUAGAAGAAACCUCGUAUGAAAACUUAGUUUUACAUACACAGUUUUUCCAUUCACAAAUCUGCAGAGAUUUGUAAAUUAAAUGUUACCAAGAUAUAUCUAUGUAUACAAAGAAAAAUACUGUCAUGUGUACCAAAAUAAAGAAAAUUUUUCUUCUGAUGUACCACUUUGAUUUGCAUAUGUAAUAUUCUGUUGAUCUAGUACUUCCUAGUCUGUGCUUGAUCACUAUGUUUAUUUAUAUAACUUGAGC